UAGGACUGUUUUUUACGACCGCCCGUCGACGCUUGAUGCCGUAGCCUGCAGGCGGCUAACUCUGCCUAUUGUGUUUAUCUGUGUUUGUUUUCGUCAAUGGACUCACCUCCCUCAUUCACCGCGUUUACGGCUCGUCUGGACAUGGGCCUGAAAACAUCUUAGGUAUCAGUCAGCUGUGCACUCGGAUGCAAACAUGAACAAAGGCUGGCUGGAGCUGGAGAGUGACCCAGGGCUGUUCACUUUGCUGGUGGAAGAUUUCGGUGUCAAAGGUGUCCAAGUAGAGGAAAUCUAUGAUCUUCAAAGCAAGUGUCAGAGUGGCAUCAUUUUAUUAUUAUUUUAGUCCCGUCUAUGGCUUCAUCUUCCUGUUCAAGUGGAUCGAGGAACGUCGAUCCAGGAGGAAGGUGAACACUUUGGUGGAUGAGACCUCCGUCAUUGAUGAGGAAAUUGUAAAUGAUAUGUUCUUUGCUCAUCAGCUGAUACCAAAUUCAUGUGCCACCCACGCUUUGUUGAGCGUGCUUCUUAACUGCAGUGGUGUUGAGCUUGGCACCACCCUUAGUCGCAUGAAGGCUUUCACAAAAGGCUUUAGUCCAGAGAGUAAAGGUUACGCAAUAGGAAAUGCCCCAGAGCUUGCCAGAGCGCAUAACAGCCAUGCAAGACCGGAGCCCAGGCACCUGCCGGAGAAACAGAAUGGGAUCAGUGCAGUGCGUACCAUGGAAGCCUUCCACUUUGUCAGCUACGUGCCCAUCAAAGACCGCCUCUUUGAGCUUGACGGACUUAAGGCGUACCCCAUUGACCAUGGGCCUUGGGGAGAGGAGGAGGAAUGGACCGAUAAAGCUCGGCGGGUUAUCAUGGAGAGGAUUGGACUGGCCACUGCCGGAGAGCCCUACCAUGACAUUCGUUUCAACCUGAUGGCAGUGGUGCCUGACCGCAGGAUGAAGUACGAGUCCAAACUGGAAAUUCUAAAGAGAAAUCGACAGACGGUUCUGGAGGGUCUGCAGAAGAUGAUCCGGCUCACUCAGCCUGAGCUUGUCCACGACAAGAAGGAGAAGGACUCCCCUGACGAUAGCACUGCUGCGAUCAAGAAAGAGGCAGAUGCGGAGCCAGUUACAUCCCAGGGGGCUGAUCAGGCUUCUUCAGAUUCAGUAGAUGAGCCCAGAGUUCAGCCUAAGGACGCCACUAGCUCCUCGGGAAACACUAAGGUCAUGGGAAAACCACCAGUCCCCACAGGAGGAGGUCCACAGCAAGUCACCAGCUCCAACCCCAUCGUUCAACGCCUGCCUGCCUUUCUGGACAAUCACAACUAUGCCAAGUCUCCAAUGCAGGAAGAAGAGGAUCUUGCUGCUGGAGUUGGUCGCUCUCGAAUCCAAGCACCUCCUCAGGCCCCAUACUCCGAUGAUGAAGAUGACUAUGACGACGAUGAGGAAGAAGUAACUGGUUCUGCGGGCACAUCUAACAGGUUCAGACGGAAGGCGAGUCUGCGAUCGCGAACAGGACGGGUAGGAACCGGAAUGGAGAGCCAGAUCGCUCUCACUGUAUUGGCUGAGAAACUGAAGAAAGAAGCCCAAAGGAAAGAUGCCCUGAACACACCCCUCUCUGUACGCACAGAAGGCCGCACUGGGGGCAUUUGUAUCACAUCUGCUUCACAGCCGUCCCCAACGCCCAGCAACGAGAGUACUGACACGGCCUCCGAGAUUGGCAGCGCCUUCAACUCCCCGCUGCGCUCACCCGCGCGCUCCCAGGCUGCUACGCGCCCGUCCAGUCCAGUUGCAUCCCAUCUGUCUCGCGUGCUGUUUGGAGAAGAUGAGAUGCUGAGGCUAGACUCAAGACAUAACCGUGCUGUAAGAGAACUGGGUCCCUCUGUCAGCAUUGCCUUGUUACACCUGCAGGACGAUGGAGUCAUCUUUGCUCUCCCUCCAUCUGUAGAUUUGGCUGCUGACGGCACAAAGCAGCCUUGUACUCCUGAGAAGACAAAAGACAAAGAGCAAGCAAGACUCGCAGCAGGAGAGAAGGAAGGAGUGAACGAGGGAGGCGAGGGAUCAUCUAUGGAGGUGAAAAAAGAGGAGGACAAAGAUGGAGGAGAUGUGAAACCUAGCAAGGAAACGCCCAAAGCUGUGGAAACUGCUGCAGACAGCAAGCCUCCCGGGGAUAAGUACUCUCCCAAAGAGUUGCUUGCACUGCUCAAGUGUGUAGAGGCUGACAUCGCCAAUUAUGAGGUGUAUCUAAAGGAGGAAGUGGAAAAGAGAAAGAAAUACAAAAUUGAUGAUCAGAGGAGGACCCAUAAUUACGAUGAGUUCAUCUGCACCUUUAUAUCAAUGCUAGCCCAAGAAGGCAUGUUGGCGAGCCUUGUGGAGCAAAACAUUUCCGUGCGCCGCCGACAGGGAGUGAGCAUCGGUCGCUUGCACAAACAGAGGAAGCCUGACCGCAGGAAACGCUCCCGACCUUACAAAGCCAAGCGCCAGUGAUUUGUAACUUAACUCCCGCGAGCACCGAGCAAUCACCAUAGAGGAAGAAAAGAAAUGGAUGCACUCCUGAAACUGUCUCAUUAAGGCGGUUUAGUGUUGUAUUUUAGUCGGCGCCUCCUCUUCCUUGUGAAAUCAACCAUGGGUUUGGUUAGUUCUUUUAUCAUUUCUGUAUAUAUACGUGCAACCAUUUUACUCAGCCUGUAAAUUUUCUUCUGUCUCGUGCCACUACAAUUGACAGAUUGUAAAUAUGAAUGCCCCCAGUGAUGCAGCCGGAUGCUUUUUCAUCAUCAUAUUCAUGAAAACGUCUUCUCUACAUUCUUGUGGUCAGUAUAGUUUAGUGUGUCACUAAAUAUACAACCUGGAAACAAGUCAAUAUUUUCUCAACUGUAUCCCAUACUCAUGUUUUUAUGGUGCCAAUGAAGUAUUGAAUGUUUUGACAAUAGAAGGCCACGCGUUUUAUUCAUCUGUAGCAUUUCAGUUACGAUCUAUCCACUGUUCAAAACAUAAAAAAGCAUCUUUUAACACAUUCUUCAUGGACAAUUUUAAACUCAAGAAGAAGUCAUCAUGCGUCGAGAUCUUUUUUUUCUUUUCAUUUGAAUGUCUUUUCAACUAUGGGUCUCUUGUUGUGUAUGUAUGUCUGUUGGGAAAAACAAACAAACAACAAGCUCUUGUGUUAUUUUUGUACCUGAAAUGAAUCUGAAAGUGAGUGAACAUUAAGUCGGAUGUGUGCGCACUUGUGUGUUUUGUACAUAUGUAAACGUUAAUUGGCUCACCGUUACACUGAGCUCAGUUGUUCUCUGUGCUUGCCAAUUCAUACUACAAUAAAGUUCAUGGAAAAAA